AUGGACGCCAACGAAAUGCAGACCAUCUCAGACGAGCAAGGCAACAUCAAUAUCACAGUUCAUCAUCAAGGCAACGCUCACUCUAUAUCACUGCCAUACGGUUCGACACUUCAAGAUCUUUCGGAGGAGCUUUCAGAGAAACUGUCCAUUCCAUUGCAUAACCAAAAGUUACUUAUUUCACCCAAACCGGGCCUGCAGAAACCUCCGUUUCCGCCAACGCCGUUAUCCUCCCUCCCUCUAGAUUCCCCUCGAGCAAAGAUAACCCUUCUGGGUAGUACCAGCGGUGAAAUAGAGUCUCUAAAGAGACCUCUGUCGUCGUCUCCGGCCCGAAAAUCAAUAAUAAAACCUGCAAAACCAUCCGCACGCCCGACACAUUCAUCUUCCUCCCAAUAUACAUUCCAUAAGCUACUUCCACUACCCUACCUACCCAAUCCUGAACGAAGCCUUAAUUUCCUCGCUCGUCUACGAGAUGACCCCGGUAUUCGCAAGGCGAUGACUCGCCAUCGAUUCUCGAUUCCUUUACUUACUGAAAUGGAUCCCGCACAGCAUACGACGAUGUCGUCUCGUACCCUCGGCCUGAACCGAAAUAAAGGGGAGGUUAUCGAACUUCGACUUCGAACAGAUGCAUAUGAUGGAUAUAGGGAUUAUAGGACCAUACGAAAGACAUUAUGUCACGAACUUGCACAUUGCGAGUUUAGUGAACAUAAUCGGGACUUUUGGGACUUGACAGGACAGAUUGAAAAAGAAGUCGAAAGAGCCGACUACUGGGGAAAUAAAGGCCGAAGUGUUAGUGAUGAGGAGUUCUAUAAUCCUGUUGACUGGGAAGAUAUGAAUGCCCAAGGGGUUGUAGACCACGGCGGUUGGACCGGAGGUGAGUAUGUUCUUGGUGGCUUACCUGGAGAGUCAAGUGAGACUCGGCCAGCGAACUCUCAGAAAGGCCUGAGUAGGCGAGAGAUUCUGGCCAACGCUGCCGAGGCUCGAAUGGCAAAGGUGAAGCCACAGGAGCAUUCUGAAGAUAAUCCCAGCAGUAAGGAUGAACGGGAUCCCUGA